UGAGAGAAACAGGCAUUUUCUUAUCAGCCAGAAACACUUUCUUUGAGAGGAUUUUUCGAACUAACUUUGGCAAGAUUUCAAUCACUUUGCGCACGUUGAAUCUGUAGUGGGAUACUAUGUGAUUAGAAGGGUAGUUAAUUGUAACGGUAGUAAGAUUGCUAGAAAUUGACCUUCCUAUUGGUCAUGGUGAUUUUAUGGGGAUGUAUAACUUUUAACUCCAGGGAUAUUAGAUUCACAAAAACAUGCAAGCUGUUGAAAGUUCAUCGAUUGUAAGUAUCCAAGAUCUCCAUUGCUUCUCUAGUACUUCUAUCACCUCUCAGCCCAAACGAGCAUUGUGUUGCCGAUGUUUCUGUAAUCAGAGACAAAGAUCAUUCACAUGAAUUCUGAUUAUUUUGGAGUAGUGAAGUUUGAAUCAAGAACCAGUUUCCACUUUUUGUGAAACAUAACUAAUUUCUUCUCAUUUGUUUAGUGUAUUGACUAUUUAUGUCUCAGGCCAAAAUUUGUCAACAAGAUCAGAGGUCACCAACAAUUGUAUGGUGGUUGAACUACUUGGAGAGCAAAAACAAUUCAACUUAAAAAGUUACCUACUCGAGACUUCCUUGCUGAAUACUAACCAUUUUCUUUUCUUCAAUUUUGUCCUUAGGAAACUAAAGAAGAUUGGUGAAUAGCUGAAAUGAUUAUUGAUGUUGUAGGGAAUUGAAUGAUUCUGUAUACAGACAAAGAUUUCUGCAGUUGCAGGUGUCAAAAAGAGCAAGACAUUUGAGUGUGCAGAAACAGAGUUUGCAUUCAAAUUUGUAACCAACCCAUCAUUUUGGAGUAUCAGUAGAGCGCAAUCUAUGCCAAUUUGCCCUCCAUUGUGCCACUCAAAUUUUCAGUCAAGACAAGACUGUGCCUUUCAUUGAAUCUCAGGAAAUCCUGGGCUCCACACUCCUAGGCUAAUCCACUCCAUUGAUGCUAAUGCUACAAAGAAGGUAACCCUCAGAUUUCCAUCAGGAGUCAGAGUCCCGGGUCUUGCCAAGAAAUCUACAUACAGAAACAAGGAUGCCGGAGAUGGGUUUUCAAGAUUCGAGAUCGGGCCUCAGGGCCCGAGAUGUAAGUCCAGAUUCAGUGAUUUUCACCACUGAAACCAACUUCAGUCUCUUCUCCUCUGCUUCCGCUAGUGUCGAGCGAUGCUCCUUCGCCUCAGACGUGCCUGAUCAAGAUUCUAUCUCCUCUCAUUUGGCAGGGCACGAAUUGUCUGAUGUAAUAAUGAGUGGACCAGAUCCAGAUCCAAACAAAUCCACCACAGUACACAAGAACAACUCUAUCGUUAAGAUCAGCAGAAAAGAAAAGGCUAAAGAUAGUAGUGAGGCUGAAACAACAGAGGAUGAAACCCUAGCCGUAGAUUCUGCAAGAAGUUCAUUUUCUCAAGCCCUUAGAGAAUGCCAAGACCGGAGAUUGAGAUCGGAGAUUCUUCUGCGAAAGACUGAUCGUCGAAGACCUGCUUCGCUAGAUCUCAACAGCUCGGCGAUCAAUCCAGCGAAUUCAGCAUCUCCAAGAUUCGGGAUCAUGAAGAAACCAUCUGCCUCGGCGCGCAAGACGGGGACGUUUCCGAGCCCCGGAACACCUAAUUACCGUCACACAAGUGUCGGCAUUCAGAAAGGAUGGAGCUCGGAGCGCAUUCCAUCGCACACGAAUGCUAACCGGAGGAGCAUGAACGCCGUGUUCUUGCCCUACAACAACGGCAGGACUUUGCCUUCAAAAUGGGAAGAUGCAGAGAGGUGGAUUUUUAGUCCGGUAUUGGGUGAUGGAUCGGCUGCAAGAGCUUCGUUUCAGCAGCCGCAAAGACGGCCUAAGUCGAAGAGUGGACCCCUCGGCCCUCCCGGGGUCGCCUACUAUCAAAUGUUCUCUCCCGCCGCGCCAAUGUUCAACGACGGAAAUAAACUCGCCCCGCAUUCACCUUUCUCCGCCGGAGUAAUAGCUGUGAGCGGCUCGUCCACUCAAUAUGGACCCCGCGAAGGCGCCGGAAACUUCCUCACCGAGCCAUGUAUGGCCAGGUCGAUUAGUAUACAUGGAUGCUCCGAGAUGCUCGGCCAAUCGUCAUUGCCCGUGCUACAAGAUGGCACCAACGGCAUAUCUCGUGCUGUCUCGAGGAGGGAUAUGGCGACGCAGAUGAGUCCCGAGAGUAGCAUCGAGUCGUCGCCUCGACGGCUGUCAUCGUUCUCGCUAGCAACUCCAUCUAUUCAACCUGUUCUGGAAUUUCCGAGCACGCAAUCCUCCAAACAGGAAAUCCGGGAUGUGUCAGUCGACGAGCUGGUCACUGUGACGAGGUGGUCCAAGCGAUAUAAGGGUAAAGCUCCUGAAAAGAGCAGCCAAAAUGCCGAUGACUGGAAAAGAAAAGCUAUUAGUAUUCACUCCACGGGAUGGGAUGUCUCGACCGAGACAUCUAAGAGUAUAUCGAAGAUUCAAAGGGAGGAAGCUAAAAUUAUGGCAUGGGAGAAUCUGCAGAAAGCGAAAGCCGAGGCUGCAAUUAGGAAACUCGAGAUGAAACUUGAAAAGAAGCGAGCUUGGUCGAUGAACAAAAUUAUGAAAAAACUUAGAUCUGCACAGAAGAAGGCUCAAGAUAUGAGAAGCUCUAUGCUGGCGAACCCCGCAGGCGAUCGAACCUCGAGACCCUUCGAGAGAGCAUUGUCUUUCCGUAGAACUCGGCCGAUUGGUUCGCUAAGUGGAUGCUUUACUUGCCACGCUUUUUAGCCUCUUCGCCUUUCAUGAGGGGCUUGGGGCUUUCAUAAUUCAGGCAUAGAGACAUCACGUACAUAUCGGAACAAGCCUAUUCGGUAUUGUGCUAAAACUUGGAAGAGAGACGGUGUCAUCUGUAUCGUUGUAAGUAUGCGACUUUGAAAUCGAAAUUAUCGAUCAAUUUGGCGCGUAGUCUACAGAUGUGUGUUUAUUCUUCUUCUUCUUCUUCUUCUCAUGUCAUGUCUUGGACCAUCAACAUUGUGUCUAUUCUUGUUUGAGAUUGCCAUUUCAUUCUCGAGGAUGUAUCGACGACGACGGCGACAAUGAUAGUCUCCCUAAUCGGGUGAUGUUAACGUAAUCUGACAGACAGUGAUUUGUCAGCCCCGGCGCAACCAAAGCCAUUAUCCGGAAAAGCUUCAUGAACCACCCUUCUUUGUACUGAUCGCCGUUCGACCACGGCAAGAUGAAACCUCUUAAAAGCUCGUAAAAUGCAUUUAACGUCAUCGGUACGAGGUGUAGCAACGAGAAGUAGUUCUUGUUCGGUUCCUCUUCGAGAACCUGAUCGAUCGAUAUAUAUAUAAGGAUUGUGGAUUUUGAAAGUUAGACGUAUGGAAGAUAUAUAACGGAGAUUGUUAUGCACGUGCCUGGCCGUUGUAGCGACUAUUGAAGUACAAACACGGCCCGAAGUGCUUGAACGAGAAAGUCCAGUCGUCGUACGGCAACCUCGGAAUCAAGUCGUUGCAAUAUACGUACCUGUAUGUAUAUUUAUAAAUAGAGCUCUUAAACGAGUCGGUAGCUCGGUAAAGUCUAAUAAGGUCAACUUGAUAAAAUUCACUAAUAUGCUAUAAAUUCUAAGUAUAUUUUUAAACAAAUGUG